AUCCAAGUCCGUAGUCUUCUCUCCAAGACAGAUACUUCUUCGGAUGAUAUAAGCACAUUCAUACCAAACCCUCUCUUUGAGAGCAUGCCCAAAACGUCAAGCAUCUUUAAUUUAUCUACAACAGCUAGGAACUGUGCUGAGCUGUACAAAUCCGGACGAAGGAUCAGUGGUGUUUACACUAUCGACCCAGAUGGUUCAGGCGCUUUUAAUGUAUAUUGUGACCAAACUAAAGCCAACGGGGGAUGGACGGUGAUCCAGAAGAGAAUGGAUGGCUCCGUUGAUUUUAACCGCACCUGGAACGAAUACAAACAUGGCUUCGGUAACUUGGUCGGUGAGUUUUGGCUGGGACUGGACAAGAUAAACCGCCUGACUCGAAACAAGACAAAGAACAAGCUUCGGGUAGAUCUGGGGGUAACUACUGGCAAAACUGUUCACCCUGAGUAUGACUGGUUUGGGAUUGGGAACGAGACAGCUAAGUACCGGCUAUACAUUGGCAAUAUUACAAGUAAGUUAACGGUUUCCUUUUUUUCAGCAUUCAUCGUUCGAUUUAUAUAUAUUAAUUCCCUCUCAUUUAAAUCUCAAUACUUUACUCUACUUGGUCGAGUAAUGGUAUUAUAGGCUGGCAAAGUAGUCCUGAGGUAAACCUGAUUGGUUCUUACUCGGUCUGGAGUUAGGUAUCUGUGCCACGUAAGGAACUCAGUUCUUACUAACCUUAAUAUUUUCCUUUUUUGCGGUUAACAACAAGUUAUCCGCUGAAAAAGGCGUUAUACGGAUCCUAGAAUUAUGCGAAUUUCUUUUGUUCUGUUUUGAAACAGAUGCCACUGUUUCCUCUGAUUCUCUCGGUCCCCACAGGAAUCUCGUUUUUGGUACCUGGGAUAGAGAACCUGUUGAUUGUGCUCAAAGAAGUGGCAGAGGCUGGUGGUAUGGCGACGGUAUUAAAUGUGCUGUUUUUUCAAAUCUCAAUGGUAUUUAUCCGCGUUGUGGAAGUAAAACCUCUGCAGAUAUUCACUGGGCAGAGUUAGUUCGAACCAGCGCUGAAGGCAGCGCUCCUUCAUCAACUGAAAUGAAAAUUAGACCAGUAGACUUUUAAAAACUUUCCCAGGGAUAAGUACACAGCACAUCAAUAGAUAGUGAUUUUUUAGCGUGCUCUGAUAAUAUCCACCUCUGAACAGCUAAGGCGACGAAAUCGUGCGUCAAAGUUUAAUUUAGGUUAUGAAUUAGUAUAUUGUCAGAAAGAAACUAUUUUUUUGGUUUCUUUGUAGUAAAAAUUCCAACAUUGGCCAUGUAAUUAUCUGUUUAUUUUAUAGAUACUUAUGAAAUUCCUACAUAAGAGACAAAUUUUUAAAAUUAAUUUUCAAUGAAUUUUUUCAACAUCACUUUCCUAGACUUCAGCAAAUCUUCCUGAAUGUUCUUUAAGCUCGCAAAAAGUAUCGAUGUGAAAAUUUGGCAGCUCAUCGAGAAAGUCACCGGUAAAUGUACCGUCUUCGCACCUCGAAGCCAUUUUGUGAAUGAAAUUUCAAAAGAACCGGCCGCGGGAAGCUCUCUUGUGAUUGGCUCAUCAUGUUAGUAACCAUGGCGACACCAAUAUCCUUAGACGUGAAAGAUAAAAAUAGUAUCUUCACUGGGUGCGAUGAAGAUAUGAGUUUUUAGUAAAAGAAAAAAUCCCGAUAUUUCAUCAGUAUCUAUAAAAUAAAGACGCAUUCGUCAUGGAUUUAAUAUCUUCAAAGUCAAUUUAAAUAAAAAGGUUACUUUUUACCAAAUUGUCAUAAUUGCUGUCCGGAUUCCCACGGUCAUGGUAUCGCUGUCGUGAGUGUUUCGCUUUAGACAACAACAUUGAAACAGUUUGUCUUUACCGUAUUUGACAGUCGUUUAUAUUUAUGUCACGCUGCUGCUUUAAAAAAGAAUUGCACAGAUAAGAGCUCAGAAGAGAAAAUUCCGUCAUCUUGAAUCGCAAAAUUGAUCCCUUAGAAUAUAAAUUGACAUCGCCAUUCUGAAAAAUAACACUCCUGUAAUAUAGGUUUUUCGUGCGACGAAAUUUAAUGAUAACGAGAAGAUGGAAUGAUGAAGACAAGUAAGCAAAGAGAGUCUCAUACUGUCCCUUUCCCUGUGAGAAUAUUAGCUUUAAAUCGAACUUGCGUCAGUUCCUUCAUUACUUCUUUCAACCAGACUGAAGUGUUUUUUUGGCAAUCUCUCGGGGCUACACGAGUUGAUGGUGUGAUUUGAAAAAUCGCAGAAAGUGCCAGAAACAGCAGAGCAGAACUUAAGUAAAGAGGUCAUUAUGCGGUAUGAAGUCAUUCCAGCUAUACUAUGGUAUUUUUAUCCUAUAAACAUAACAUAGAAAAUGCAUUUUUUAUCCUAUAAACGAUUAAAGGCAUAAUUAUUAUUAAAAAUAGUUCUAAGCAGGGCUGAACUUAUGAAGAGGUCAUUAUGCGGUAGGAAGUCAUUCCAGCUAUUCUAUGUCACGACGCCAAGUUAAGUAAUGAAACAAUUAAUAGGCUGCAAAAUGAAAACAAACAAACAAACAAACAAAAAAAAAAAGAAACAAAAACUACAAGAGAAAUAAAAACUAUUUUAUAAUGAUGAUUAUAUUCAUAAUAAAAAUAGUAUUAAUAAUAACAAAAUAAAAACACAGCAACUUCGUAGAUCUCCACUCGAGUAUUUACUGGAACUAAGGGAAGUUUAGUCUGAUCCGAAAGUUCAAUCAACCAAUAAAACUCAUUUGUUACCGAUUAUACAGUUGCUAAUAUUCUCGGAAAGAGAACUUCUGAGAUGAUGCCGCGUGACGUGGCUUAAAAUUUAACCUUUGCUCCUCUUAUACCUUUUACGAUACCCUUUAGAUUUUAACUUGUAACAUAGGAAAUAUAUUUUUAUCCUAUAAACGAUUAAAGACAUUAUAAUUAUUAUUAAAAAUAGUUCUAAUUCUAUCGAGAAUGUUCGACAAGGGGUCGUAAAGACCCUCCUCGUUUUUGGCUCGCCCAUGGUCAGUCUUGUGUGGACUUCGUGAGAACGUGCACGUGAAGUCGUUUGAGCUACCGUUCAGUAAUCAAGUUUUGCGAAAUUAUCUUAAUUUCCCCUUAAUUCGCCGUUUCCUGUUCAAUUGGAAAUUCCUAACAAUCGCCAGUAUCUUAAUUUAAUAGAUUUACAUCAUAUGCUGACAUGCAUGAAAAAAUGAUCGUUGCAGGUGAACUGCAGUUAAAGAAAUUGAAGGAAAAAAGCUUCGACUUUGGCCUGGCCUUCCAGAUACCAGAUGGACCCACUAAACUUAGACAUGAAUGGGCCCCUUACUAAGAAGUGAGUCGUUGGAAGCGCUCCCAACAUGUGGCUUCGUAGCAAAUAUUUGGAUUAGUCACUUCGAACAUUCUCGAUGAAAUUAAAACUAUUUUUAAUAAUAAUUAUAAUGUCUUUAAUCAUUUAUAGGAUUAGUCACUUCGCACUGUCUCUUUUAGGUCAGAGACAUAAAAGAGACAGUUCUCUUUUCUUCAGUUGCACGUAUCGCAUAGAAAAGAUAUAUUUCUGAUAUGCUAGCUUAUUGCAACAACUGGCGUCUUUGAAAAAGUGACAUUUUUUUGGCUACAAUACAAGCGGAAGUCGCGAGAAAUACAGCAGGGUAUGUUUUUCUUGGAGUCAUCAGUUGCAAAGUGGUUCCGUUAGAUAAAAAAAUUUUCCUGAAAUUCCAACAGAAAAUCGAAUGGAAAGGAAAGUUUUCGGAAACUCGUUUGGAAAUUAUCAAGCUCUUGAGAUCCUCCAUCUUUCUGUAAAUUUGGAAAUUCAGGAGCUGUUCUGUUCCAUUCGGCAUUUCCAGUCGUUACUACUCGCCCAUAAACACAGCAAUGCUGCCUCGACAAAGGUACAAGAUGGCGGAGUUACCAUUGCUGAAUCAGUGUACAAUGCGUUUUUAUCGAGACACGUUUGUGUCUGCCGCUCAGAAAAUGUCACGCCACCCAUUGAUAAUUCCAAACCAAAGCUAAAUGACUUGACUCCCUCGUGUACAUAUGUAAUUGGGCGAGUGAAAUGAUUCAAAUCAUUUGGGCGAACUGAAUAUAACAGUAAACUUGCGUUACCGUUGCUUUUACUAUUAUCUGACUAAAGUGAUCGCAAACUUGUUCAUGAGAGCUCACUGAGGUUGGCCUCUGUGCAUGAAAUUUCACUUGUAAAAGUAGCAUAUUACUCAAACAGCAUUAGUCGAUUUUUUUUCCAAAUUAUGCUCUAAAAUAUGCUCGUUUUUGGACAUCAUUCUCCUUUUUCCUAAAGUAUAUUUUUAAAAAGAGAAACACUAAACAUCUCAAAAUUAUACAUAUGAUGUUGAUAAACAUGUGUCUUUUUGAUCAUGAAUCAAACACUUGCUCUGUUACAUCACAGCUCACUACCACACACCCAUUUAGUUACUUGUGAGAGCGGAAACUGUGACCGAUCUGUACUUCCGGUUUCUGCAGUCCAUUCAACGACGAACGACGCACUGUUGCGAUAAACUUAUUCAUCCAACACAUUGCAAAAUUGAUCAAAAAACUGAACUUAAAAAUGAUCAAUCUUAGAGACCAAACAAGUUAUGACUCUAUCUCUCUGGUAAUGUUCCCGUCAAGUAAACUUAAAUUUUGCUGAUCAUGCAAGCUAGUAGUGCUGCUUUUAUAAGAAGUUCAAAAAUUAUGUUAUUCUUUCCAAAUUAUGCCAAAAAUUACGCUAGCACAAUCUAUAGGGGUCUUUCUUUGUGUUAGGGGUACUAACAUAUUUUUGGCUAGCGGCUCACAGAGCCUGAUGCUGACACAUGUCUCUGGACGGGCGUAAGACGUUUAAGAGAUGAAAACUAAUAAUAUAAUUUUUGCAAAAUGCCCCUAGCUCCUCGAACGAAUUUUAAAAUAGGAUAUGCGAGGAAAUUUGGCCCAUACAUUUACAGGAAAACGAGGAAGAUACUGGAUCGCCGUUUCUUUCUUUUCUUUUCUUUUUUGUUUUUUUUUUCCUUUAACAAAUGUUUUUCAAGUUUUUCAAUAUUACACCUUACAGAAUUGUUAAAGAAAGCUAACAGUAACUGAUCGUUUGUUAUUAACACAGUGCAGUUACGUUUAAUCAUAGAUCAUCUUUGAUACCCGAUUAACUCGACGGAGUGGCGUCUGGUCAUUUUCUGUUUACCGACUUCCUUCGCCUUGAACGAAGAAAGAUCAAAAUACCUUUAAUCGUAUCAAAAUCUGCAUUUAAUAACUUCUUUUUGAUAUCUAGUUUGUGGCGGUUUCUUAAAAACCAGCGCCUGCACAUGGGUAUCGUAGAUACACGAAUUUCAUGCCCGGUUGUUGUGUUCAUGCCUCGGCACUAGAUGGCGAAGUGAUAUUGAAUGCAUGUGAACCAAAGACGAUUUUGAAUCACAUUUCACAUUCACCGAGUGCCGAUAGCAAACACAAAUAUCACCUGCACGUAAACUUAGUUCGCUGAGAAAAAAAUCCUGAAAUUUUACUUAUAUAGAUUAAUCAAGGUCUCAUAACAAGGAAUAUUACGACACAGCUAAUCAAUUCAAUUGCGCAACGGUGCGUCGUAAUCCUAUCGUGCGCACGUAUGACGUCAGCAAACAAAUGCUUCGUUGUAUGAAGAUUUUUAAGAUGUCUUUUUUCCGUUCCAUCCCGAUUUAGAUGGACUUUUAAGAGUUCUAAAAGAAAAGCAAAUUAACGGAAAGAUAUUCGACUUGGAAAGCGAUGGAAAGCAACGCAAAUAACCCUCGAGUAAACACUACAACGAUUCCCACCAACGCGUUACGAACUAAGGCUGUAAAGCGAAACUGAAUUUGCUGACUUAAGUGGGGCUUCGCACUUUCAGACCAUUCUUCGGCUAGGUAAUAUUAUUUUUCGAUUGUUAAUAUGUCUUUGAAGUGUUGGGCAACAGCAGAUUUUGAUUAAAAUCUUACAACUCUCGGAAUUUUCAAUACAACAUAAUGUAAUUUUUAGGGCCGUGAAGUCUAGCAGCAAUCGAUUCAAGCAUGUUGAUUCUAUUGCGCAGUUCCCAUAUGCAAGGAACUCAGACCUCUUUCACUUCCAAUAUUUGAAAUAUUUCUUUAUGAUUUUUGCCCUGCUUUCUAGUUGUAGUUUUCGGUUAGCACGUCGUUAUUUGAUGAACCUGACAUCUGUGUACUUCUACUUUGAAAUCCGAUCGCUCUAUGAUUUUUAUCUAAAAAAUUUUCAUUUCAGAGUACAUUUCACCCAAAAUUAUCAUCUUUUCAGGUUGAGAGUAGGUUGUUGCACUGCUCCUAGAUGAAUAUAUCUUGAAGACGAUUUAUCUGGGAUGCAUUGUGCGCUGUCUUUCUCUGAAGUUUUAAACUUUGAGAAAGGAACAUCAAAACAACUGCGAUGACAAUGUUAUAACACAAUUAGUUCUUACGUUGGGUAUUCAUUCAUCGACAUAUGAAGCACACGACGUGGGAAAGGUUGGAGGGAACUCAAGAAGCUAAAGUUGCUUUCGGUUACGGAUUUUAGGAAACCGCCAAAAACUGGAUAUCAGUAAAAGUUUAUUAAAUGCAGAUUUUGAUAAGAUUGCAAAGCUAUUUUGAUAUUUUGAUCUUUCUUCUUUCAAGGCGAAGGAAGUCGGUAAAUAGAACCACGACCAAAUGUCAUUCCAUCGAAUUCAUCGGGUAUCAAAAGUAGCUCUUGCUAUUAGGGACCUUAAGCAAACCACGACGGCGAGGGAGACGAGGAUAUGGAAAAACAAAAGAUCUAAUUGGCCGUGCGUUUUAAGACUUUGCACAUUUCUUAGCCGUCCUAUGCAAAGCAACAACGUGAAAUCACAACAAUUUGCGUAGUCUGCGAACCGAAACCGCGAUGGCAAAUUACUUUAAUUUCAAUUUGGAGCUCAACGUUUCUUUUAUACGUUAUGCUGAAGUUGAGGUGUGGCGCCGUAUGAGGCGGUAAACACAUGCAGCCAUUUUCGAAAUUCCAAUUAAAGGCAGAAAUUCAUUUUUUAAUCGAAGUCUUCAUUGGCGUUGCCGUCCUGACUGCUUAAGGUCCCUAAUCUUUUAUGCUCUCCCAACUUCUCGCGUGCUACAUAUAUCUAUGAACGCAUGCUGACAUUUGAACCAAUGCUUCAAUUUCGUUGAAAAAAGAUAAUAUAAACUCAAGAUUAACAAUGUUUGCAAAUGUAAUGAAAACUCUCCUCAAAAGAAAAACCGCUCAUCAUGACGAGAUUGAUGUAUCCAUGUUUGAAGACACAGCUUGUGCAGGCCGGAAAAUUUAUGAGACAAACCUUCAACAUAAUUAAAAUCAGUCCAUCAUCAUGCAAUCCACCAAGAAUAAGAAUUAUAAGGAGCCGAUAUGUAUUUCUCUCCAAAGGCAUGGCCAAACAUUUUUGUAGAAAAUUUCCGGUCCGAUAUAAUCGAGGUUUACAGCUGAAACAAUCGGGCUGAAUAGGUAACACUAAGCUGUCACUUCAAAGAGCUUGCAUGGUACACAAGCACGCGCGACUUUAACAGCAGUCCUUUCAGAGUUACAAAAUUGCAUCUUUAUUCUCAAUUACUGAAUCAACUUUCAUGGGACUUAAGAACGAAACGUGGGUGUCCUUCGGGAAAAAAUUCGUACACACGCCAGUUUCACUAAACACUAGGAAACUAUGUAUCAGAAGAAAGCUUGAUAAAUGUAGUUAACGAUAAAAAUAUAAAUUAAGCUACUUUUCCUUUUAGGGGGUGUCGGGCGUCGGUAAGCCCAGAAACGACCAAGGGUUCUUAUAUUGAAUUUAUGGGGCAUCUGACGCCGCAGUACAAGCAAAAUAGCUGUACAGCCGUAAUAAGAAGUUCUUUCAAACAUUCUGAGGGUACCAAAUAUAAACAUUUUGUUGUUUUUUUAAGAUAAGGAAUGUACGAGCUUGGGUAUCCUUUAUCAGAUCACUAUAGAAGUAUAGCACGUGCACUAAGGCUACAAACGUGAUAUUCAAAGGCUCCACCAAUUUAUAUAAUAACGACAAAAAGUUAUUCAACGUGUAGAACUAUUUUUACACAGUUUCACGAAGUUUCUAACUCAACGAAGAUUUUAUCUAUUGAUUAUCUUUGCCAAGAAUUCAAGUGGCUUAUCACCUUAAUGUGUGGCGAGAAAACAAACGGCUCUUCCUUUUUUCUUUCACCCAGUCUCUGCUGCAAACAUUUUUUUCCCGGAUUAACAUUUUGGGAUCAAAACAAAACGGUUCAAAUACCUUUAGUGCAUUUUUUCACGUGUUUGGCCACAAUCCAAUCGACCUCUGAGAGUAUCUUUCUCAUAGGACAGAAAAUAAACUUUGGGUAGGAUGUACACCAUGAACAUUCCGUUGAAAUCUGCACCAUUCUCUAUGUUAAUUAUGGACUUCAAUAAAAUACCACAUUACCGCCAUGUGAAUGACUUCAAACUUUAGAUAGCGGCUCAAGCAGUUAUUUUUACUCUCCGAAACCUGAAGACUGUAUUUGAUUAAACAAAAGCUAUAAAUUAACAUGUUGAGACCACCGGAUAUAGUAGACAACGAAAUUUUAAUUGUCAUUGACAGUUAGUGGUAUCCUAGUUCUACUGACAUCACUUUUACCGGUAAGGCCCCUCGUUUUCCACGCCUAAAAACGGCUAAGAUAACUUUUUGAAAAAAAUGUAGGUCGCCCAGCACAGGAAAAGUCAAGUAUAUAUGAUGUAAAAUUCUCCAUCAGGUUUACAAAUGAGUUAACAUUUUUUCUUUAUCUCCACAAUUGUUUCUAUGGGUACAUGGUCAUUGUACUCUGUAUCAGUGCAAUCGUGGGACGAUUUUUAGCUUGAAUAAAUCUUGGUAAUGGGCCAGAGUUAUCGUCGCAAUUUUUGAGACAUUUCCCUUUUCCCCUUUCUGACAUUUGAAAACGAGAAAACAUUGGACCGCUUUUAAAAAGUUGUCAUUUUCAAUUUGACACUAUUAUCAUUCUCUGUUCUGUAGCAUUUGUCUAUUUAAGAAGUUUGCAUAGUCGAGGAACAUCAUUUUUCUAAAAGUGAUCUUAUCUGCAUUAAAGACUGCAUGCACGAUAAGAAAGUAAUUGGAAUAGUGUGCAUAAUAAAUAUAACAUUUCUUGGGUCAGCAAUAAUGCAUACGACAAGUAUAUCUUAGUACCUUGAAGAAGUUUCAUAUCAGAAAGCGUACAUUUUCAAAUAAGUUAUCUUCUCGUUUCCGAUGAUAUGCGUUAAAAAUCAUGCACGUUCAUUGAGGCCACAAAUGUGAUGCUAGAUGUAGAUAACAUACCUAUGGAUCGAUUGAUCGAAUGAUUGAUGGUGUGACUGCUUGGCCGUCGGACUGUCACUGCAGCUCAAUGCGUUUCGUUCCCUGCUCCAUAAAAAUAUGAUUACUUAUGGCAUAUAUAGUCACAAGAUAUGCGCUCUUGCUUUAUCAAAUCUGAUUUAUAAUCGAAUGACGAGGCGUAAAGUUUCGUUAAGGUUUUUUUAAAGCCAAAUACGAGAUCCUCAGAGAGCUUUUGCCAUCUGCUUAAUAGCGGAUUGGUGAAGGCAUUCUGUUUAAUUUACAGAUUGUAAAUCGUAAUAACUGACAAUUACAUUUUAAAAUUGGGUGAGUCAAAAUGAAUUGUGUAAACAAAUCUCUUGUCGUGUUUUUACGACUCCAGAUAAAACCUAGUUAUGUAGGGUAAUUUUAGGGGAGCACGUAUGCAAAUAAAACAAUUUGUAGUUACGAUAUUCUUCUCCGAUUUUGAUUCUUGUCUCAAAUCUUACGAUUUGGUUCACCUCCCAAGCUCUUUAUAAACUAAUUGUUCCUUUCAGUCAUCACUCAUACACUGAAAUAAGAAACUAACGAUCCUAAAAGUAGUCUAAGUCCGUCAAAUCUUUCCACGCACAAAAAGUAGAAACAUCUAAAAGGCGGAGUAGGACUCCUGAGCUAGAUGUCUUUGUUCUCGACGUCGGUAUGAAUACCGUCGUAACCGCAUCGGCCACAAGACAAUACACUUAACAUUGUUAAGAUUUUAACAAUGUCAGAAUGACACGAUGUCAUCGUGGUUUGGUAAAGCUUCUCGUUUUAACUUUUUUAUACCAUGAACUGUAACGAUUAGUCAAUUUUUACGCCUAACGGGUAACUUUUUUUGCCGUUUUACAGCCAACGGUCAACCCCAUUGAGAUCCUCUGGACAGUUUCCGAUUCGACAGCCUCAUUCAGCGAAUUCUCUCUAAUAAGCGGAAACUGCUGAAUGACACUCUUAAGCUAAUACAUGUAUCUGCUUUGGUGACUUAAAAUCAUUGAAAAUUGCACUUUUGCAAUUUAAAUUAAAAACCCCUUGCUGCCAUAAAUCUUAUGAGGGGUGGUGGGUUUAAUCAGACUGGUUGGAAAGUAAGGGUUGGCAGAAAUCAGAUUAUAAAUUCCAGAGGUUGGCAUCUCUGCAGUUAUGUUGCCGACUCGCUUGCCUUUAAGUGAGUUGGCGAUGGAAAGAACUGUUUUCAAAAGAUUUCCGGUUGUCAUUCCCUAAACCACUUAAAAACAAAUCCCGUGAAAGCGCGGCUUGUGCUUGUCAUUCGUAUUUAAGAAUUUUUAAUCCUUAUCUGCAAGAUAACAAACAGGAGUUCUUCAAUCAUGGUCAACUUUACUCGAUGAGACGGUUAUAUCGCUUAAUCGAAGGAAUAUGUUUCCAUAGCGGGGUUAAUAGUUUUUUAUGCAACUGAAAAAAUGGUAUUUAUCAUUUUUAAUAUGCAAUGACUAUCUAAACCAUUCAAGAACGAGAGUUUCGUGAUUAGCUGAGACUGCGUCUCAGUGAUGAAACAUUUUAGAUUCCAGUUUGUGGAAUAUUAACCACAAUUUCAGCACCAAUUUUCACGGACUCGUGCAUCUUCAAUCAAAGGUCAACCCUUAAAAUUUGUAGUUAUCCAGUGAAGAAUAUCAUCUUUCGCUGCUGCGGAAGUGUGGUGAAAGUUUUCAGUUAGUUUCCAGUUGCGAAUGUCGAAAAAUGAAAACUAUUAAAAUUUAACUGCGUUUGGGUUCAUUCUAGAUAUGAUUUUCAUUGGACGCUCUUGCUAAAAAUUCCCAAUAGAAUCAAUUCCUUUAGUGCUGGCGAUAACAUAGGUACUUUACUCUCUUACAAUUUUGGUGCUUAAAACAGAUGCACGUGCACUUUAGUCGGGUGAUUGAAAUCUCAGCAGCAGGUAGAGUCCUCAAUUAGCCUUUAUGAAAACCUCUCCACAACAUUUACUACAGUUGCUAAUGUUCUUUUCGGUCGUUACCAAAUAUUACCCUUUGCCAUCGUGGUGCAUACAUCACCCAGAGAAUUCAACAAGGAAUAGGUAUGUGAUAUCCAGCUAGAAACUUUGAUAAAAACGUUGCUUGAAUCCCUUCCUUACUUCAAGUUUAAAACUUCUCGUAAGACAUUCAUGUCAUUCAAUGUUACUAACAGCAUUUCAACUUGAACAGGGUAAGAGUUGAACCAAUCACUAACUAAAGGGGUUUGUAUGCAAUCUAUGGAAUCUUGCAAACAGGAAGAACUCUGAAAAAGCCCAGUCUAUAAUACCAAUGGCGUUACAAGGAAAAUAGGUCGCACUCCAAACGUUUCAGAGUGUCUUUCGAUGCUGGUUCAGAAUGAAAAUAUAGUCAAGUUACCGUACUCGGUCGAACUUUCACGUGCAGGGUAGUCGAUGACUGUACAAUUUGAUUUACACACUCGGCCUGUUCAAUCGGUUCAUUUGAAAGUUUGAAAGAAGAGCCUGUCUUUUUUUUCGCUUCAGCCUUGGAAAUGGCAAGUCAAUGUCCAGUCAUUGGGAAGUUAGAUCAACGAUUUUAGUCAGUUUUUUAAAAUGGCUUGCCUAACAAGUAUCAUGACAAUAUUUACGUGACACAUCGUCUUUCCUGCCAACAUUGAUCUGUUCUUAAUUAAGAAAUAAUUUUCAGUCGUUUAAAAUCGGGCUAUUUUUUUUACAUCAAAGAAUACUUGAAUUUUCUUGUUUGGGAGUGGUUUGAUGCAGUCAGAUAUGAGAAUUAUCUUCAGCCAUUUUAUUACAAGAACGGGCGUAAAGUGCCCCAGAUGGUAGAUCUUUAGUAAACCAUAAGGUCUGAAGAGGACAGCAACCAUAAUGCUGGUCUAAAUACACUGAUAUCCAAUCAAAGCGCACAUUAGUAUUACCUUUUAAUCUAUUUGAAACGAGUAUCUCAGAGAACUGACAGCAGUAGGAACAAUUAGGUCGGAUUGCCCCUUGUUAGGAAAACAAUGUCAUGCAUCACGUAACACCCUACGAACUCAGGCCUUUUUCCAUCAGUUUCAUAAAAUACAACUUUACAGGGACGUUUCUUUCAAGAACCAAUUGGAGUGCGGCUUAUUGGUCAAAUGGGCCUUUGAGAGUCUGUAGAUUUAAGUCUGAGUUCCAGAACGCAGUGAAAUGCACCAUGUAUUACCGGGAACUACAGGAAGCCUCAAACAGUUUCAAUUGUCAAAAUUGACACUAAAUCCAGACCUAACACUAUCCCUGAACAUUUCAUUCUUAUCCUUAUAUUUGUUGAACUAAUCCUUGCCUUACGAAAUGCAAUCAGAAAGGUUAGAGUCCCUCUUGGUUGAUCCGGUGGAAACUUGCGAGCGAGAGUAUUUGAAUAAAUUGGUUGCAACAUAUGUUUCAUAGCUAUUCCAAAAUUAUUUUAUUUCAUUCUACGAAGGAAUCUGACAAUUUGUCAUCGUAUAAUUAUUUCCCCCUCAAAAAGGAAGUUCAAAUCAACGUUAGUCACGUUCGUCGAUGAAAUCAAAGCCUUCGUAAAAAGUAAAACUGGCAAGUUGAACGUCUUGCACGUCUUCGCGAAAAGGUCACCCCUAAAAAGUUGUUGCAAUCCACUUUAGAAUCUCGUCUUUCAUUUCCUCGAAGAGUUAUUUUUGUUCAAACAAAACGUCGGUUACCCCCGCUAACGUUUAAUUCUCAUGAACUCGCACGUACUCAAAGAAAGGUCGGCCUUAAAAAAUUGUUGUUAUCCAGUUAGGUAUAAGAUCCUUCCAAAAAAACUCAAGUUUCCCUCGCUUACGUUUAAGAGUGGAAACUUUACGUGAAAAUCCUAGGGUAUAUUUUUGUGCAAUUUUAACUGCGUUUGGAAACGUUUUGAACAUGACCUAUUAAGAAUUCGCCGAAACGGUAAUUAAUUUAACGGGUCACUUUUGACGAUCAUUCCAGAAAAAAAAUAAUAUAAUAAGUGUUGUCUCUGACGAUAGCUGAGGUACUUGACGCUCACGACUUGCAGAGGCAUUGAUGCAUUGAACAUGUGCGCACGCAACUCCGUCAAGCUUCUUAUAACUCAGUAGAGAGUUGAGUCCUAUCAGUUUUGACAAAACCUUGUCAUCAUCCAUUUUUUGGCAGCGUUUCUGAGUGAUACUGCAUGCAACACCAAAAGAAUUACAAUGAGAGGUAUUAAACAAGGAACAGGUAUGUGAAAUCUGGCUCUUUGAUGAAGAAUUGGCAUCUCAAGGAGACUUUCGUUAGUGAUUAGAUGCAAUGCUUACUUUUUGAAAUAUGAGAUUGUUUGCACAUCUAUGUCAUUUAAAACUAAUUUCUAACCCAUGGUAUGCGACUCUUAAUCUUGCAAAUAGGAAAAACUUUCGAAAAGUUCACUCGGUAUUAUCAAACGUAAAAAAAACAGAGGUCGAACUCUAAACGUUUUGGAAUGUCUUUCGAUGAUGGCUUUGAAUAAAGAAUAGUCAGAUUGUCUGACACUGUGGAACAGUCGUGGUGGGCUAUGCGGUCCUAUAAUUUUCGUUUUCCGAGCUCAGCACAAUUCUAUUUUUCCAGCUCGAUCGCACAUUCGUUCUAUCCAAAAGAUCCUUUCAGUUUUAAGUCUGUUUCUACCUUUGGAAUGGCUACUCAAUGUCUAGUCAAUGUCAAGAUGGAAAACUAUAAUCAGUUUUUGAAAAUGACUUUCCUAUGUAACAAGUAUCAUGCGAAUAUUCGAUUCGUGGAACUUCGUCCGGUCUAAGAUUUAUGUCCUUUCCAUCUAGCAGUCCUUUGUUCCUUCAAACUUUACUUGCGUUCAUGUUGAUUCUGAAAACAUGCUGAUGAUUAUGGUCCUGAAAUCGCUGCGUUGCUUUUCGUACGGGAACGGCAAAGCAUGAAGUUUAUCUAGUACAGUAAGAUGUAAGGAUUCUCUAACGGAAUUUCGCCAGAGAAAAAGUCUUCAGGCACCUUCUCCUCCUUUCUUUAAAUAUUGCUCUCUGCCGCCUUUUCUUGUCUCUCCAAAGAAUUAAUGCACUUAUUCUGAUCCUCAAGCUGAUCUGGGUCAAAAUUUUGGCGACGGCUUUUCUCAACAAACUUGAAUGUUGAUCUGGCUUAAAAGAUGAAACAGAAACGUUAAACUGCCACACUGAUAAAUGCGGUCAUAUAUCUUGAUAUUUUUUUGUGUGUGAGGUGCAUGAAUGGUACUUUCCCUGGGCGCAGGGAAACAGGAGAAAUUCCGUUUUUUCAUUAAUGAACAAAAUCUAGUUGUUGCAGAUCUCCGGUUUAAGGAAAUUGACGAAGGAUUUUCUGAUCUUCAGUUAGGCCAAGCAAGUGUUCCGAAUCAUUGAAGUUUCCCCGCAUUGAACGUUCAGUCAGGUAAUUUACAAUUAAUCGCCCAACGGAGUGAAAAUUGACCACUCCGAAAGAAAACUUAUCGCCAAAGUAACGUUAAAAGUGAAAUUUAUCGUCACCGAAUCCCAACUUACCGACUGAAAAUUUCACGAUUUGAUUCUUCGUUUUAACUUUAUCCGUAUCAGUACUUCGUAGGAAUGACUCUGAAUUAAAUUCAUUCCACGUGGAAUCGAUUGGAAGCUUGAUUCAGAGGUUAUGUUAAAGAAAAGAAAACGCACAAGAAGCAACGGGAACCUCCCAAUCUGAAAAAAACGAUAAGUACUCAGUAAGACAAACAUCCCAUUUCUCUUUCACAUCCCAUGAAAGUUGAUUCGGUUUUGAAGAAAAAAGAUGCGGCGACUUCAUGACCACAGAUCCCAUAUUUAGUGGCAACAUAAAGAUAAGUGAUAUAAAAAGACAUUCCACGUACCUUAGGGUUUUGUAUUCUCAAAAAAAGGUAUAGUCACAACAGAAAGAAAUGCCGGUAACCUUCAAAAUUUUGGGAUGACAGGCAAAGCUUUCCACGAGAUUCCUUCGCUCUCCCAGAACUCUUAUUUGCAAUUAAAAGUUCAUUUAUGAAAUCCGUUCGAUCCGUUCCUCCGUUCGCUACCACACAGCAAAACUAUUUGUGAAUAUGCUGACCGCUUCUGGAUAGGAUUGAAGUUUAAAUGCUGAAGCAAAUAGUCGUCUCGGUAAGUUGGUAACUCGUAUUUCGUAAACUCAGAGCUUGAAGUUGACUUCAGGUUCUUAUAAACGAAGGCUGUCUUCGAUCACUUCCUUUGCUCGGUUCUACCAACAAAACACGCGAUCAGUUAUAAUGUGAGGACCUUUCCGCUGGAACACAAAAACAAUGCAAUGUUUCUUUUGGAAGUAUUAUUCCUUGUGGCUUUGAACGUUUCUUGGAUUCGAAAUAACUGCAUUUUGUGGAUAUUUAGAGAUCGGAAGCAGAAUUGACUUCUGGUCGUUUGCAAUUGAAAAAUUUGAGUACAACAAAUUUAAUGAGCUCACAAAACAAUACCGAGAAGCGGAGAAUCAAAUAAAGUUGUUUUUCCAUUUGCGCUUGAUGGCUGUGAGACGGUAAAUAGGCACUUUGUGUUAGAUGAAUAAUGGUUAAUUAUUAUACUCUCGCAGUUCCCCUUGCUUUACACACGAUUGUCAUUGGCUGAUAUUGAACACAUGACCCUGCAUAAAUUUAGAUGCCGAUCGGAAUACAUUUGUGAAGCAUGAUCAGUGUUUAGGUUUUGCACGUGAUCAGAGCGUGGCUGAGGUGGGUGGUGUGAUUGUGGCGUGAUAUUUUUAAGUGUUCUUAUCUGGAACUUCCUUUCUAUUUUAAAAAAUAAUGACUCGUAAGUUGCUCACGGAUUAUUCUUGAAAACAUUAUAGAGAAGCCUGUGGCUGAAAAAAGCAGCUUUUGUUUACUUCAUAAAAAGACGAAAUAGAAAACUGGUGGAGGAGAAGGCCUCCAAAAUAUGGCUCUUCAAAGGAACAUCUUGAGUGUUACGAAGAAAAACAAGUUAUACUGUUAUAAACGCACAACUUUUGGUCUUUUUACUUUAUACAAUUUCCGAAUCAAAAGCACUCGUUAAUUGUUAAGUUCUCUCGGUUGUUCAAUUCAUUCUUUAAAGUGCGUAGCACUGAUCAUAAAAUAUUUAAGCUGGAAUGACUUCUCACCGCUCAAUGACUUCUUCUCUUCAGGUUCAGCUCUACUGCUUUUGGCACUUUUUGUGAAUUCUCAAUAUAUGCCAUCAACAAGUGCAGUCCCAAUAGAUUGCCAGAAGAACACUGCUGUCUGCUUAGAAGAAAUCAUGAAGGAACUGACCCAACUUCGAUUUGAGGUUAAAAUUCUCACAGAGAACAGAACAUUGGUGCGAUGUACGUUUACUCUUUUUUUAAAUUGUACUGGUUAUUCCAUUUUAUCUUUAUCAUUAUACAGUGUAUCACGAAAAAGGUAGUCUUAUGCAUGGCGAUUUCCAUUUAUUUUCAGAGGAAUCAUUUUAGCGAAUCUAGAUGACAAAAUUUUCAACAUGCUUGGAGCUCUUAUCUUUGACAACUCUCUGUUCAAGCUGCUGUGUAGCUGAACAUUGACAACAGAAUAAUUUUUUUGGUCAUUUGUCGAGUUUUUUCAAAAUAAUUUUUAUUCUCAUCUUAUGAUUUGAUGCGCUUUUAAAAGAUAAAAGAUAUAUGAAGAAUCCAAGUCUGUAGUCUUCUCUCCAAGACAGAUACUUUGUCAGAUGAUAUAAGCACAUUCAUACCAACCCCCUCUUUGAGAGCAUGCCCAAAACGUCAAGCAUCUUUAUUUUAUCUAUAACAGCUAGGAACUGUGCUGAGCUGUACAAAUCUGGACGAAGGAUUAGUGGUGUUUACACAAUCGACCCGGAUGGUUCAGGCGCCUUUAAUGUAUAUUGUGACCAAACUACAGCCAACGGGGGAUGGACGGUGAUCCAGAAGAGAAUGGAUGGCUCCGUUGAUUUUAACCGCACCUGGAACGAAUACAAACAUGGCUUCGGUAACUUGGUCGGUGAGUUUUGGCUCGGACUGGACAAGAUAAACCGCCUGACUCGAAACAAGACAAAGAACAAGCUUCGGGUAGAUCUGGGGAUAACUACUGGCAAAACUGUACACCCUGAGUAUGACUGGUUUGGGAUUGGGAACGAGACAGCUAAGUAUCGGCUAUACAUUGGCAAUAUUACAAGUAAGUUAACG